AUGAUCCAAGUGGAGAAGAAAUCCGAUAGGAAAGUGGAGCCAAAUUUAUUGCCAUUUUCUAUUGAUUACGAGGGCGUCGCUGAUAUAAGCACUUACUUCCAUCGCGUAAAUAACGUAGCUGCGUUUAGAGGACGCAGGAUAACAGCCAAGGGCGCGAAACUGGGUGAGGGAAUGAUUGGAAUGUGCGUAAAGGAGGUUCUACCAGAUAUACAACCAAUGCAGCCCAAGAAACGCGUCAAAUCCACCAAAUAUUCGAUGGAUGACGAUAAUGACGAGGAUGUCGAUCACAACGACUCGUUCGAUGCGCAUUCAACCCAGAAUUCGGAUAACGACAAUCACGACAAUCAAUCAAUCCCAUACACUCAUCAGGACACGCGUCAGACCUUCCACUCAACCGGACACACUUUCACGGAUUUCAACAUUUGGAUGCCAGACGAACACGUCGCAGAAUCCACUCAUCCACUCUGUAGGCUAGAAGAGCAGCAGAAGCUGUUUGCAUUGAUCAACGCAACUGAGUAG